AUUCAUCACCGUUUGUCAGCCUUGCGUCAGCAAUAGCACAAGCAAAGCACAUCACUUUUUCAAGACAAAACUGCUCCACGGCCACGUUGUUGGGCUAAAAUCUUUUAAAGGAACCGAAUUUUCUACGAAUCAAUAAACAUGGUUUUGGAUUUAGAUCUCUUCCGCAGUGACAAAGGAGGCAAUCCCGAUAAAAUUCGUGAGAAUCAAUCGAAACGAUUCAAGGAUGUAGCUCUAGUUGAGACCGUGAUUGCUCAGGACACCGAAUGGAGACAGAGAAGACAUCGUGCGGACAACUUAAACAAAGUUAAAAAUGUCUGCAGCAAAGAAAUCGGCGAGAAAAUGAAGAAGAAGGAACCAGUGGGCGAUGAUAAGGAGCCAGUUCCUGAAAAUUUGAAGAAAGACCUUACCGAACUCACUGCCGACAUUCUCAAGAGUCUCACCGUCAACCAAAUUAAGAAAGUUCGUGUUCUAAUUGACGAAGAUAUGGCUGAGAAUGAGAAGCUCCUGCAACAGGCCGAAGCAACUCGGAACUCAGCUCUGCGUGAGGUAGGCAAUCACUUGCACGAGAGUGUUCCCGUCAGCGACGACGAAGAGAAGAACAAAGUCGAGAGGACAUUUGGGGAUUGCACAGUGCGGGGAAAAUACUCCCAUGUGGAUCUCAUUGUCAUGAUUGAUGGUAUGAACGCUGAGAAGGGAUCCGUCGUUUCCGGUGGACGUGGUUAUUUCCUAACUGGUCCUGCCGUGUUCCUGGAACAGGCCCUCAUCCAGCAUGCACUCCACAGUCUGUAUAAGAAAGACUACACACCUCUGUAUACUCCAUUCUUCAUGCGCAAAGAAGUGAUGCAAGAAGUUGCACAACUUUCGCAAUUCGACGAGGAAUUGUACAAGGUUGUGGGAAAGGGCAGUGAGAAGGCCGAGGAAGCCGGUGUCGAUGAAAAAUACCUAAUUGCCACCUCCGAACAACCUAUCGCCGCAUAUCACCGUGAUGAAUGGCUCCCAGAGGCUUCACUGCCCAUCAAAUACGCCGGGCUCUCAACCUGCUUCCGUCAAGAGGUAGGAUCUCACGGACGUGAUACUCGUGGAAUAUUCCGUGUGCAUCAGUUCGAGAAGGUAGAACAGUUCGUGCUGACCUCGCCGCACGAUAACAAAUCCUGGGAAAUGAUGGACGAGAUGAUCGGCAACGCGGAACAGUUCUGUCAAUCUUUAGGCAUACCAUAUCGGGUAGUUAACAUUGUUUCGGGAGCCCUCAACCAUGCCGCCUCAAAGAAGCUCGACUUGGAAGCAUGGUUCGGCGGCAGUGGUGCAUUCCGUGAGCUGGUCUCCUGCUCAAACUGCCUGGACUACCAAGCAAGGCGACUCCUCGUGCGUUACGGUCAGACAAAAAAGAUGAAUGCUGCCGUCGAUUAUGUGCACAUGUUAAAUGCCACCAUGUGCGCUGCCACUCGUGUCAUCUGUGCUAUUUUGGAGACACAUCAAACCGAAACUGGCAUAAAAGUGCCUGAGGUGUUGAAAAAAUUCAUGCCCGAAAAGUACCAAGAUGAGAUUCCAUUUGUUAAACCAGCUCCAAUUGAUGUUGAGGCCGCCGCAGCUGCAACCGGAAAGAAGGGCAAGAAAUCCAAGGAAGCAGCUGCUUAGAGAGAUUAUUGCACAUCCAUAGUUCGACUUAAUAUAUAAGAAUAUGCGAAACAACUGAGCGUCGUUUUCUCUUUUUUUAUUGGCUUUUAUUUUUCUUUUAUUUUUAAUGGCAUUUAUCUGCAAAGCGCUGAAACAAAUAAAUUAUUAAAUCAAUCAUAAA